AUGAACGAACAAAAAAUUAAUUUAAAGUUGGUGGAAGAAGUAGAAAAACAUCCCGUUCUAUAUAACUUCACGCUUUCGGGAUAUUCCAGAAAGGAUGAAACAGAAAAAGCUUGGAGUGAAGUAGGAAGAUCAGUAAACAUGUCAGUAUCUGAAUGCAAAGAUAAGUGGAAGAACCUUCGUGCUGUUUUUGUGCGCAACAUAAAACCAGCACCAAGUGGUUCUGGAGCAAAACCAAAAAAAGCAUAUUAUUUAUUAGAAGCUAUGCAGUUUACAGUUCCAUAUAUUAAGGCGUUAGGUAUGCCUUCUGGAAAUCUUCCUAAUCCCCCAGAACAGAAGGAAAGUUUUGAACAAUCUGAAGAAAUUGACUUUAACAACUCCGAACUUGACUCAUAG